AAUCGUUUAUCAUCGUUGGUCAUCGGUUUCUAUCGCCGCGCGAGAAUAUAUAAAGGAAGUACAUUAGUACACGUGUUGGUCUUAUCAAUGGCAUACGGUGUAUGGUUAUCGUGGGUGAAGUUGUUCGGUCUGUCGCAAUCGCUGCUGCCCUGCCAAUAGUGCCAAUCGGAAAUUUUAGCGACGUACGGUAUCGUUAAAACGACGAGCAAUUUGCGUACGUGCUUAAGGACUCAUUCGACGGAAGAGAGGGAGGAGGAGAUACGUGCAGUGCACCUGCAAUCUCUCCCAAGUGCCCAGGUCCUUGUAGCUUUUCAUUUUGGCUGAGUCAAGCCUCGCGCGCAUGUAAAAUAUACACGUUUGAAAUCUUGAGCCUUUGUGAUUUGAGCUUUCUGAGAAAAGCUUUGUUUAAUAGGAGAGGAUAUCUGAUAAGGAAACGUAAUGGAAUUUCCAAAUUUGGGAGAACAUUGCUCCGAGAGUACGUGCAAUCGCUUAGAUUUUUUACCUCUCAAAUGUGAUGCUUGCAAAGGAAUCUUUUGCACGGAUCAUAUAACUUAUACGAGUCACAGCUGCCCUAGCGCAUACAAAAAGAACGUACAGGUGCCCGUGUGUCCAUUGUGCGACACUCCUAUACCGAUAAAGCGCGGCGACCUGCCCGACGUGGCCGUGGGACUGCAUAUGGAUAACGACUGCAGAGAGAGCCGUAGUAGGAAGGUGUUCUCCAACAAGUGUUCCUCAAAGGGCUGCAAGGUCAAGGAGAUGGUGCCGGUGAAGUGUAGCGAAUGUGGUGCCAACUUUUGCCUGAAACACAGACAUCCCACCGAUCACGCCUGCAUCGGUGCCGAGGAGGCGUUGAGACUGCGCAGACUGGAGGCACUAAACAAGAAGAAAGGUCAAACUACAAUAUCACAGAAUAGCGGCAACAGUAACGCGCAUUCGUUCCGUAGUCUUCAAGGGACGAUGACCGAGGACGAGGCGUUAGCUAGAGCUCUCCAGGCCUCUUUAGACGACGAGGAAAGAAGCAGACGUAUGUUGCAACCAGUGCCUUCUGGAAACCGAGAUAGAUGUAGACUUUCGUAACUAUCUACACGUUAUUUUAUAUUGUUAUAGAAAAAAAUAGCUUCUUCCUUGUUUUCUGUAAAUCUACAAACAGAAAUAUAUAUUAUGAUUCUUAAAGCUCAUACUAGAUUCUGUGCAAUUUGUGAUUCGAAAUUCACAGUUCGUGCACAAUGUGAAUAAACUGGUUCAUCAAGCAUUCGUUUGAUUCGUUUUUUUUUUUCAUAAAACGUCAAGUGCGAGUCAUCGUGAAUCAAUCAAUAUAGUUAUAUUGCACAGUGAAUUACAAAUUGCGAAUCAUGAAUUACGUAUAAUUUGGCACUAACCUAAGAAUUGCACACAUUUUUGGCAAUACGUAAAUGGAAGUUACUAUAUUCGUUGAUCUAUCCAUUUUUCAUCUGUUACGUAUUGUUAUAGAUAUAACUAUCGUUAUACCUAUAACUUGCUGUUACAUUAGAAAUUAAAACGCGUUUAUAAAAUUGCUCACGUAAACUAAGUACAUUAUUACAGCAUCUUGUGGAAUUUCCAAGUAAAAAAUUAUAAGCAUUUGUCUUAAAAAGAAGUUAUUCAUCAUUAGAUAAGAUUUUAUGUUAAGUUGCAAGUACAAAUUGUUUAUAACUAUUUCCUUUAUGUAUCAUAAAUAUGAAUUAUCUCAUAUAUUCCAUUAGAUUAUAAAUGCUGGCUUAUAGUCAGGAAAUAUAUUCUGCCGAAAAUAAAAUAAUUCUGAUAAUAAAUAAUUCUGAUAAUAUAUUAUAAUAAAGCUUCAGUAUAGAGUGCCUUAGUAAAUGAAGCAUAAAUACAUUAAAAUGCACUUACAUAAAUUCUUUUCAAUUUAAUAAAAAAGAACAAAUUAUUCGCUUAUUAAUAUUUGUAUUCAAUUUGCUGUAGAAACUGCUUUCAAACAGUGGCUACACAUACAAAUUUUCAUAUUAUACAAAAAUACAUUCUUGUGGAUUUAAUAUUGUUUUAACGGAAUAUUAAAUCACAAUUUAUAAAAAUAUCGCAUGUACAAGAAAAUAUAAUUAUUACUGUGUAUUUCUACUUGUACAAUGAGAUUUUAACGAAUAAUGUAUAAAAUAAGUAUUGAAUUUUUAGUGCAAUAUAAAGAAGAAGAAAAACUGUGAUGUCAGGGAGAAAUCAAUAUAUUGUACAAUAUCUAGGGGCGUGUUCAUAUUAUAACUUAAGUAAAGUCUCAGAAAUCACGUUUGAACAUAUCAUAGUCACAUCUUACAAGCUUCUUAUAAAAAUUCCUCAGAGUACCACAAAAAUGGAUGCAAAGAGACUUUAUACGCAAAAUGCUGCAUUGACAAAACUGAUAUUCAUAAAUUCUGUGAUAACUAUCAUAUUUUUAUAAAUAUAUGUAAUUUUACAAUACUCUAAGUUUCCUUUAAUUUAUUUCAUUCCUUUGGAAGCGUAGAAUAAGCACUUUCUUUUUAGAAAAAUGGUUAAUAUUAAAUAUAAAUAUAUGUAAAGUAUGAAUUUUUUAAAAUAAUUACAAUAAACAGAGAUAUAUUGACAAAUAUCUAUAAUAUGUACGAAUGCAUUGACAAUGAAUAUAAUCAGCAGAUGUAUGCUUCAUGCUUGCCACUAUAUACGUAUGUAUAUUUACUAAUGGAUAUGCUUUUAAUAUUGAAGAUUCGAAAAUAAUACGAUUCUUAAUAAUAUGUAAAUAGAAUAUGCUUUUUACCAUUUUAAAACGUUUUUUAGUAUAUUAUAUUAUACUCUCGCCUAUGAAAGACGUGUCAGAGCUACUAGAAAGCAUAAAAGAAACGUUUCUUCUUACAGUUAAAUAGAAAAUCUAACAUAAAUAAUUUAGUAUAAUAAUCUUUCAUUUAUAUCUUUUCUAAACAGUACUUUAAUUUAAAUGUGCAAAAACAUAUAUUGCCUUCUAGUAUUUCUGAAACAUGCAAGAAGAGGUAAUUUAUUAUACAUUCCUAUAUAGACAUAUAUGUAUACAUAUACAUACAUCCACAAAUGUACGCAUUUCUUCUUAUACAUAUAAUUAUUUAUAUUCAAUGGAUUUUGAUGCUAUUAUAAGUAAAUUUGAAAUAAAUAAUAAGAGAUGACAAACAGAUAAUUUCACAAAUGUAUGGACAUAUACACAUUUACAAAAAGGCUCACUUAUUGAUAUAUUCAUAAUUUGUUUUCUAUUCAGCUAUGCUGUAUAAAAUUACGUUCUAACAAUUACGCGUAUUUACCAAUAACAUAACUUUUCCAACAACUUUUUUCAAAUCCUAUGAGAUAUGUAUCGGAUUUCAAAAAUCUUCAUAAUGUAUAUCUAAAUGUAUGUGUGUGUAUACACAUACAAUAAUUUUUUUCAAAUAAAGUAGUAGUUGUUUUUUUCUCUGAAUAUGCUCUCAGAAUUUUAAUAUCUAGACAUAUUACAGCUACAGACAUGUUAAAUAUAAAUCAGUUAGAAACGUGAUACCAAAUAAUUACAAAGUAAAUUUAUUUUUGUGAACAAUCUAAAAUAAAAUAUGUGUUUGACAUAUAUGUUAUAUGUUAAAUAAAUUUAUAUUUUAUCGUUUUAAAGAGAAUAUAUAUUAUAAAUAAAUAUAAUUAUAAAUUAUUUCGAUAUUUGUAAUAAUAUUAGAUAACAGGCUAUAAUUUUCAGAACGUAAAAAUCUAAUAAUUUACCAGAAUUAUAAAUAAAGCAAAUUUAUAUUUA